UCUCAACUAUAUUUUCGCCAAGAAGAUGCCCCUUGAAGAAAUUAUAUCGAAAAUCUGUCUGGAAAAAUUCAGAGCCCUGAAGAAGACAGGCAAACCCAUCGACUCCGAGUGGACAGUCCUCGCAGGGUUCGUCCUAAAAAAAGGAGACACAUACUCACUGGUGUCUCUGGCCACUGGGACCAAGUGUCUGGGUGCUAAUGACCUCCUAAAUUCAAAAUCUUAUGACUAUGGAGUGAGAUUGAAUGAUUCACAUGCUGAAGUGCUAGCACGACGUGCCCUUCUGCGAUACCUCUACGAGCAAAUUGACGAGUUGUUGUUAUCGAACAGGAAUCACAUUUUUGUACUGAAUGCAGCGGGGAAAAUCGAGUUCAGGGAAGAUGUGUCGUUUCAUUUUUACUGCAGUCAGACUCCCUGCGGGGAUUGCUCCAUCAUCUGCAAGCAGGAAGGACCACCUCGUUCUAAAAUUCAGAAAUUAGAUGGGAGUGUGAAAUCAAAUGAAAUCGGGGACGUCUGCGACAUUCACAGAACUGGAGCCAAAUGUGUUGGGAAUGGGAUGCAGGAUCUGCAUCUUCCUGGAGUAGAUUAUCACGUUCUUGGGCCCCUCAGGACGAAACCUGGGAGGGGAGAUCCCACCCUGAGCCUCUCCUGCUCGGAUAAAUUAGCGAAGUGGAAUGUCCUCGGUGUCCAAGGGGCUCUCCUCUCAAUGUUCAUCCCAAAAUUGAGGAUCCAGACUGUUGUGAUUGGUGGACAGUGCCCUUUCUCCCUCGAGAGCAUGGAGAGAGGGAUUUUUAAACGAUUCGAUUGUGGGCUCAAGGGGCCCAAGAUUGUUCAAGCCUCUACAGGGUUUCUGGAGAGAAAAUCAGGGAACAGACAACUACCCUGUCCCUCUAGUGUCAUCUGGUGCGAUGUCAAAGGGAAAAACUCUGAAGUGGCUGUUGAGGGGAGAAAACAGGGAGCAACUAAAAAUAAAAAAGGCAGUUGGCUGUUGAUAUCUAGGAAAGGGCUGUUCAAUUAUUUUUUAAGAGUUGUUGAUAAAUAUGGGAGUGAACAGGUUCCUCAGCAUCCCAAAAAAAUAACUUAUUUGGAUUUUAAGAAGCACGCGAGGAGUUACUGGAGUUCGUGGGAGGACUACAAGUCGACGAUUUUUCACGCGUGGCCUUUGAAACCCCAGGAUUUACAGAGAUUUCAGUUAUGAGAGAGCUAAAUCAAGAUAAAGUAAUGACAAUUGUCUUUUCGCUGUCUAAAAAUGUAUUUAUUAAAAAUAUAGAGGAAAUAUUUACAGAUUAAA